AUGGCAGAGGUCUAUCACGCGUUGAACGGCAGUGGCUUGACAGGCUCCCCUCCUGACCCCGCAAUCACAGAGCUACCAAAACCUUACAACAGAGACAUCCUCAAGCGUCAGAACCUAGGCACUUAUGAUGUUUGUGGUUACUAUUCUAUCCCCGGGCAGUUCUGGGUCGUGAACUACUGCUAUUACUCUGGCGUUUCAACUGCGACCUGCGCAACCAGUAGUAAUCACAUUGGAUGUGAUGGAUACGUCAAGACGAGGUGCUUUACUUCAUCGUCUUGCACUUCAACAUCAUCAAAUGAGCUAGGCUGUCCUUCGGGAUCUGUUACUGCGAUUUCAACUGACAGUGACGGCGAUGAGCUCACACUCUAUCCGUUUUGUACGAAAAAGCAUAUGGAAGUGGCCAUGUACAAAGAGCUGAAGGGCGUAACUGCCAGCAUGGAAACAUCAUUAGAGUCUAAUUCCGAGUCUACGAGUUCAGACGGCCAGUUGACCGCAAAGACAGGAACGACAGGAGAGAGCAAGACCCAAGAGGCUGCCUCAUCUGCCGAAUCGAGUUCGUCAUCCGGACCAGACACCUCUUCAAACUCUUCUGCCACCGUAGGAGCCAUUGCCGGUGGUGUUCUUGGAGGGCUUGCCCUCCUCGCCUUGAUUGGCUUCGGUCUCUGGUUCAUACGCCACAAAAAGCGUCAAGGAGGUAAUGGAACUCACGUGGUUGCAACAACAGAUCAGCCCCCAGUCAUCCCUUACUAUCAGCAACAGGCCCAAGGCGAAGCGAACUACCAGCCUCUGGCGUCGGUCAUGUCGCCUGAGACAAAGGCGUACUCACCUUCUGCUAACUUGCGAGGUUCGGCUUUCAAUGAAAUUCAAUCUUCCCACCAUGAUAGCCCAAAUCCAACUGAAUAUUGUUGA